AUGGAGGCGGACGGAGCCCUCAACCCCGCGGCGCUGGAGCGGGAGCUGCGGGCGGCAGUGGUGGCCGAUGAGAAGUGGGAGAGGGAGAACGAGGCCAAGCUGCGGGCCCUGCGCCAGCACGUGCCCUCCUACGAGGAGUUCAG